ACUUUUGUUUUCUUUUUACGAGUGAAUGGGCAGAGAUUAAGGGUGUGCAGGGGUAUGUUUUUGGCAACUAUGGGAAUAGGGACAUGGUCUGCUCAGAACUGGGUGCAAGACACAGACGCAACAGAGAGGAAAACAGCAUUGCGGCACAUAGAGGCUCAUGAGUUCAUCAGGAGUUUUCUAAAUGAUCUCCCUAAGGUGCCCUCCCACUAUUGUAGGUCAUCCACAUCCAAACAGUACCUGGAGCCUGUCUUUCAGUCCAUUGCUGACCUGCAUAGAGAGUACCAUCGUGCUGCUGAGGAGAAGAUGGUGAGACCGUUAUCAAGCAAGGUGUUCACUGAAGAGUUUAAGCAGCAGAACCUGGGUCUUUACCAUCCAAAGAAGGACCAGUGUGACACCUGCUGCUCCUUCAAGGCUGGUAACUUGGCAGAAAAUGAGUGGCAGGACCAUUUACUCAAAAAGGAAGAAGCCUGUGCUGAAAUAGUGCAGGACAAAAAUAAAGCAAAUGACAAAACAAUGGUUGUCUGCAUGGAUCUGCAAGCCCUCUUCCUCUGCCCCAGUUUGAAAGCGUCGGCUCUCUACUACAAAACAAAACUAGCCGUCCACAACUUUACUCUUUAUGAAAUGUCUACACAAAACGCCACUUGCUAUGUCUGGCAUGAAGGUGAAGGAACUCUGUCUGCCAGUGAGUUUGCAUCCUGUGUCAUCAAUUUCCUUUCUGAGCACAAAGAGCAUGAAGAAUACAUUUUGUGGAGCGAUGGUUGUGGGUACCAAAACCACAAUUCAGUCCUCAGCAACGCUCUUCUGAACUUCUGCAUGGAGACGAAGAAGGUGGUAACCCAGAAGUUCCUGGAGGAGGGACACACACAGAUGGAGUGUGACUCAGUGCACAGUGUCAUCAAGAGGCGUCUGAGAAACCAGAAAAUCUAUGUCCCGGCUGAAUACGUGGCUCUGAUGAAGAGUGCGCGGUCCAAGCCCAACCCAUAUGAAGUCAAAUAUGUGGACCAUACCUUCUUCCAAGACUUCACCAAUCUGAGGCUCUGCAGGUCUAUCUGCCCAGGGAUCAAACCCGGUGACCCCACUGAUGUCAGAGCCAUCAGGUACAACAUCAACGGGACGAUGGACUUUAAAACCCAGCACUCUGAUGACUGGAGACCAAAGCAGCAGCUCCGACACACAUCCUCACCUGCAGUCACACAACUCUACACAAACAGCCUGAAGAUCGAGGAGAUGAAAUACAAACACCUCCAAGAACUCAAGGAGGUCAUACCCAAAGACUUCCACAGUUUUUAUGACAAUCUGAAACACUAGGACACACACACACACACACACACACACACACACACACACAC